AAUGGUGAUGAAAAUGUUGAUGAAAAACAUAAUGCGUUUGGUAAAAAAUUCAAACAUACAUUAGACAGUGAUGAAGAAGAUGAUGAGAUUGGUGCAGAAAAAUAUAAUGUUUUGGAUGAUGAUGCCAUCGAAGGCACGGAAAGAACAACAAUCGAAUUCGAUGGCGAUAUCAAGAUUACACCAUUCAAUAUGGACGAAGAACUAGAGACUGGUCAUUUCGAUAAAGAAGGUACAUAUAUUUUCAAGAAAGAAAAUGACAUUCGUGAUAAUUGGCUUGAUAAUAUCAAUUGGAAUGUAAUAAAACCAACAAAGACCGAAACGAUAAAAAAAGAUGAAAUAAAUGCUGAUCAAGAUUCAUCCAGUGAUGAGAAUGAAGAAACAACUAUCAGCCAAGCCAGUAUCAAAGAAUUUUAUGAACAAAUCAUAUUAUUAGUUCAACCAGGAGAAUCAAUUCGAAAAGCUAUACAACGUUACGGUAAACUAUGUAAUCCUGAACGUAAAGGUCAGAAACGAAAAAUCCAUUCAAAUGAAGCGACCACCAAUCAACAGUCGUCAGACAAAAAUGAAGCCAAAGAAAAAAUGAUGAAAUUGAUUUCGAUUGCCGAUCAAAUUCUUCAAACAGGUGAUAUGGACAUUUAUGAACGAACAUUUGAACAAUUUAAGCUACAAUUGAAUAAAAUCAAUGAUGUAGAAUCGAUACGAAAACAAUCAUCUGAUAAUAAUGAUGAUAUGUUUAGCGAUGAUUUUGAUGAUAAAAAACAAUCUACUUCUAAAACGGUAAUAUCAAUGGAUGAAACGAAAACUAAAUGGGAAUAUAGAUGGGAAGAUAAAGAUAAUGCACAAAUAUAUGGACCAUAUUCCAGUGAAGAUAUGUUAAAUUGGACUAAUCAAGGUUACUUUGAUCAAGGUGUUUUUGUACGUCGUAUCGAAUCAACUGAUGCUCGAUUCUAUAGUUCGAAAAGAAUCGAUUUUGAAUUAUAUAUCUGAUUUUAUUUGUAUAAUUUUAUAAUAAUGAAAAACUCAUAUAAUGUAUUCAUAAACUCAUAUGUCAAUCAAAAAAAAAAAAAAAAUCGUUGAU